CAAAAUUACCUUAGCGGGUAAUUUCCCAUAGUUCUGUGCGUGGCUCUCGCGCUUUUAAGAGGUGUAUGUGUGUGUUGCUAAUUCUGAAACGUCUCAUAUCACAAAGAUGUAUCGUCCUAAACCGACUCUGAAAGACAGACAGCACUUGUAUAACCUGAUCAUCAGCCAGCUGCUUUAUGACGGCUACACCAACAUCGCCAACAGCCUCAUAAGCGAAGUGAAGCCGCCGAGUGUGGUGUCUCCAUCUGAGCAGCUUAUGCAGCUCGCCAAGAUCGGAAUGGAGAAUGAUGACAGCGCAGUGCAGUAUGCUAUCGGACGCUCAGACACGGUGGCUCCCGGUGUGGGCAUCGACCUGGAGUUCGAUGCUGACGUGCAGACCAUGUCUCCGGAGGCCUCGGAGUACGAGACGUGUUAUGUGACCUCACACAAAGGGCCGUGUCGCGUGGCCACGUACAGCCGAGACGGACAGCUCAUUGCCACCGGCUCUGCAGACGCCUCCAUUAAAAUCCUGGACACAGAACGUAUGCUGGCCAAGAGCGCAAUGCCCCUGGAGGUGAUGAUGAACGAGACAGCACAGCAGAACAUGGAGAAUCACCCGGUUAUCCGAACCCUGUAUGACCAUGUUGAUGAGGUCACAUGCCUGGCCUUCCACCCCACCGAGCAGAUCCUGGCCUCGGGAUCCCGCGAUUACACACUCAAACUGUUUGACUACUCCAAGCCCUCAGCAAAGAGAGCUUUCAAACACAUCCAGGAAGCAGAAAUGCUGCGCUCCAUCUCCUUCCACCCAUCAGGAGAUUACUUGCUGGUGGGCACACAGCAUCCGACACUGCGCCUUUACGACGUCAAUACAUUCCAGUGUUUUGUGUCUUGCAACCCUCUGGAUCAGCACACGGAUGCCAUCUGCAGCGUGAGCUACAACCCAGGAGCCAACACCUAUGUCACGUGCAGCAAGGACGGCAGCAUCAAGCUGUGGGACGGCGUCUCCAACCGAUGCGUGUCCACAUUCGAUAAGGCACAUGAUGGGGCUGAGGUCUGCUCGGCAGUCUUCUCCAAAAACUCAAAGUACAUUCUUUCCAGUGGCAAGGACUCUGUGGCCAAGCUGUGGGAGAUCUCCACUGGUCGCACACUGGUCAAGUACACCGGAGCAGGACUGAGUGGCCGUCAGACACACCGCACGCAGGGUGUCUUUAACCACACUGAGGACUAUGUGCUGUUGCCAGAUGAGCGAACGGUCAGUCUGUGCUGUUGGGACUCGCGCACAGCCGAGCGGAAGAACCUGCUCUCACUCGGCCAUAAUAAUAUUGUGCGUUGCAUCGUGCACUCUCCCACUAACCCGGGUUUCAUGACGUGCAGCGAUGACUUCCGCGCGCGCUUCUGGUACCGCCGGACCACCACCGACUGAGCCGCCGUUGGGCUGCACAUGAGUUUCAGGUCUAUGUGUAGAAAAUGCUUAGAUGUACUGUAAGUGGUUGAGCAGAUAAUGUGGUCUCAGAGGUGUCAGAACUGUAGUUGUUGUGUCUGAACUGCACCUCUAGAGAGCACUAUUGUUCUCCGAGGAACUUGCAGCGGAACUCUUGCAUUUUUAAGCUGUCCGUGUCCGAUAUCUGAGCUUUAAUGAAGUUGUUAUCUGUGUGAUAUGACAUGAGUUCUUUGUGAGGGAUGAGUGAAUUUGUCACUUUUUCAGUUCGUUUGAUACAUUUGAUUUUUUUUUUUUUUUUUAUAAAAGAAAAAUUGUCCAUUGUAAAUUAAACCUCUAGUGAAGCAAAUCAAUCAAAAGGGGAUUAAAGAAUUUUGAAAACAUAA